GCAUGAUGGGGGAGCUGGAGCUUUCCAUCAUGGCGGCUUCCAUUUCGGGCUACACCUUCAGCGCUGUGUGUUUCCACAGCGCCAACAGCAACGCCGACCACGAAGGGUUUUUGCUGGGAGAGGUGAGGCAAGAGGAAACCUUCAGCAUCAGUGACUCUCAGAUGAGCAACACAGAAUUUCUGCAGAUAAUCGAAAUCCACAACCAUCAGCCUUGUUCAAAACUUUUUAGUUUUUAUGACUAUGCAAGCAAAGUUAAUGAAGAGAGUUUGGACAGAAUUCUUAAAGAUCGGAGAAAGAAGGUCAUUGGAUGGUACAGAUUUCGGCGAAACACACAGCAGCAGAUGUCAUACAGGGAGCAAGUCAUCCACAAGCAGCUGACGCGCAUCCUCGGCGUGCCCGACCUCGUCUUCCUGCUCUUCAGCUUCAUCUCCACGGCCAACAACUCCACCCACGCUCUGGAGUACGUCCUCUUCAGGCCGAACCGAAGGUACAAUCAGAGGAUAUCACUUGCUAUUCCAAAUCUGGGCAAUACCAGCCAGCAAGAAUACAAGGUGUCCUCAGUGCCAAACACUUCUCAGAGUUACGCCAAAGUUAUUAAAGAGCAUGGCACUGACUUCUUUGACAAAGACGGAGUCAUGAAGGACAUCAGAGCCAUUUACCAGGUGUACAACGCGCUGCAGGAGAAAGUGCAGGCAGUGUGUGCUGACGUGGAGAAGAGCGAGCGGGUCGUGGAAUCCUGUCAGGCAGAAGUGAACAAAUUAAGAAGACAGAUCGCACAGAGGAAAACUGAAAAGGAACAGGAGAGAAGACUGCAGCAGGCGGCGCUGUUGGGCAGACGAGCGCCGGCCGAGAGCCGGGACGCCGGGCUCAGUCCGCGGGCGCACUGCGCAGGGGGCAGCACGCUGGACGCCGACGCCUCCGAGCCGCCGCCCCCGUACUCCGACCUGCACCCCAACCAUCAAGACAGCGCGCUGAGCCACUCUCGCGCCGAGAGGAGUGUCCUUAUGCCUCGACCUCAGGCCGUGGGCUCUUCCAGCUACGCCUCCACCAGUGCCGGACUCAGGUACCCCCCUGCUCCCCACAGAGCGGAGGGCGACAGCGCGGAGGAGUCGGACGACAGCGACUAUGAGAACCUGGUCGACCCCGCAGAGCCCGCCAGGAGCCAGUGCUCCCAGCCAGAGGCUGCGCAGCCCGGGACUCGCGCCAGUGAGGACCCCAGGAACACUCAGACCGCCCAGAUCUGAGCGGCAGCCUGUUGCUGCUGUGAGGACUGAGCCUGGGGGAGCUGCCCUCGCAGGCGCUGACUCGGAGCGGAGACCUGGAGCCAGAAGCCCAGGCGCCACCCCAGCCUCGCCCUGGCCUCGCCCUCGGAUGCGGGGUGCGGGUGGCACAACAGAAUCAUCAUGAUAAUCCAAUUGUCCUAAUUCUGGUGCGACUCAUGGAUGUCCUGGUAAAAGUAGGCAAAGCAAAACUUGUCAGCCAAGUUUCUGUUCUUGAAAAUAAAUUGGAAGCUAGAGACUAAGCACAAUUAGUCUAUAAAUGUUCUAUAAAUCAAGAACUUACCUCUUGCACUAUCAUGCCUUGAAAUUUACUUUCUCAAAGGGAAAUGAGUUUAGCAGCAGCAUUCAAAGAACUUCUCUCUGUGAAGAGCCAAAUUCAUCUUUGCCAGAAGAGACACUUCUCCACGCAGCCUGGUUGGAACAAUCCGAUGCCCUUCUCUCAUCUGCAUGACUGUGAGACUGGCAGCGAGGGCUUUGUCUCAACUUUUUCUACUCGCCUGAUGCAUAUUGUCACUUAAAAUGGUUGCCUUUAAGACAGAUGUAGAAAUACUAAUUACCAAGAAGUAACCAUCCAAAUAAGUAUGUCAGAAAACGAGUCAGUUCCUUUUCUCUUGGUGGAUUUGGCUCCUGUGCCAGCUGUGCCAGCCGUGCCACGCCGGCACACUUGCAGAUGCCGUUGCAAGAAUGCACAGACAGGUGUGGCUGGGGGAGCCAAUGCCAGUCCUCCCACCGGAAGCAGGUCCCAGACGCUCCUUUAGGUGUCCUGACAAAUCCUAGUGGGAGCUUCAUCUGUGCAGGAGAGACGUCACGCACGUUGUGUGGGAGUCGUGGUGAAUAAAGAUUCAUUUGCAAUCUGAAGAACCAUACCUUUUUUUUGUCCCAUGGGGAAUCACUGCAGAAUGUGUAGGGUCUAUUGGGAUGCCCCUAGACUUUUUUAUUUAAUCACUGCUUGUUUUCUGGGUUGGCUCAGAGGGACAUGAGCAUGUGGGGCUUCUGGUGUGGAAGUGGCUAGGACAGGGUCAGCCGAGACGCUGGUCCUCCGGCUUUACCUGCCCCUGGACCAGUUAAAACCUCAGAGUGAGGAAGUUGUCAGGCUGCAAAUCGGGUUCCGAAAAGAUUGGUUUACUUUCUAGGCUGAAGGUUUGCUCACUGAGCUCCCCUUCCAGCUAAAUUACACAGUAUAAUAUGGACUGAGAAAUGAAAUGCUAAAACUGCCGUUCUUGGGUGUCCACUGCUGGGGCAGUGUCAUGCGCUGUCCUGGUGUUGCUGGCCUGACACUGCCGUUUGAUUGGAACCAUUGCAGACCCCUGUGUCUGCAGCUGUGUUCCAGUUAUUAUCAGCUCCCUUCUAGAAGCUUCAGCACCACUACGGAUUUCAUUUUUUUUUAAAGUGCCAUUGCCAUCUCCUCUGUUCAGAUUUUUGACAUUCAGGAAAGUAUUUUUAUUUUUAUGCCACACCGAAAUCAACAGUGUAUAUCUGACAAAGCAGUUAAAUGUGACAAUAAAAACUUAUUUAAUCAUGA